AUGUUUUCAAAAAGGAAGAUUGUUAAAAAAAAUAUAAAGAAAAGCUUGUUUGAUGAUUCAGGAAAUUGUGGAGAAGAAGUCAACUUAUUUAAAGGUCCCUUGAACGAAGAAAAUAAUAAAGUAGAAAAGGAUGAAAAAGUAGAAAAGGAUGAAAAUGAAAAACAUGAAAAAGGAGAUAAAAUUAGCAGUAAUGUGUGCGCACAUGAAGAAGGUAUAAAAUUACACAAUGGAGAGAAUUUAAGCGAAACUAAUAACGAAAUACAAAAAAACAUAACAACAGCAUUUAUGACGAACAAUAAAAAUAUUAAUGAUGCAUAUAAUGCUGAAGGUGGUAUGAAAAAUCAGCAAAAUGAAAAAAUGAAAAAAAAAUUGAGUUUUAUAGAAAGGAAAAAAAAAGAAGAAAGUGAUAGAGUAAAUAGAUUAAAUACAAGUUUUAACAUAUACAGUGAAAGUGAUAGUGAUAGCGAUAGUGAAAAUUAUAUAAUGAUAAAAAAAAAAAAAAAAAAUAUAAAGAAAAAAUUUGCUGGUGUGAAUAAUGAUAAUAUAUAUGAAAAAAAAGAAAACGUCGAAAAAAUCAAUUACAUGAAAGACAAUGCGCAAAAUGAUGAAAAACAUAUUAUAAAAAAAACUGAAUUGGAUGGGCAUGAAAAGCUUAUUUAUAAUAAACAUUAUUCUAGAAAUAAAAAUGAACAAAAUAAUGAACAGUAUUAUAAAAAAUACAAUACAAAUAGGCAUUAUAUGUAUGCUGAAAAUAGCGAUGGAAAUGAAGGGCAUGAAAAUGAUGUAUUUUCUGUGAGAGGAACAGAAGGUGAUAUUAAUGAAAUGGAUGGGGAUAGUCUAUAUAGUUAUACUGGUGUAAAUGGUGAUAGAAAUAUUCAAAAUAUAUCACAAGUGAAUAAUAUUUACAAAGGUGAAAUAGGAACUAAUAAUAGCUUGCUUAUUCAGGAAAAUGAAAAAGUAUAUGAUGAUCAUGUUAUAAUUAAUUUUGAAGAUGAAAUUGAUGAUGAUGAAAAUGAUGAAGAAAAUAAAUUAAUCAAAGAAAUAAAAUUAAAAAAAAAUAUUAUUCGAAAGAAAAAAGAAAUUUCAGAAAAAUAUUUAUUUGAAUAUAAAGAAGAUUCAAAUGAUGAUUGUAAAAAAAUAUAUCCUUAUGAUUAUUCUUAUAUAGACAAAUAUACUACCCAAAAAAAUAUAUAUUUAAAUGAAAUAAAUAAUAAUUUAGAAAAUGAAGACGACUUUGGAGUUGAUGAUACAUAUAACUAUGAAACUUUAAAUGAGAUAAAAUACAAACUUUUAAUAAAAAAAAAUAAAAAUGAAGAAAUAGGAAAUUUAUAUGAACAAGUCAUAAUAAAAAGCAAACAUGAUGAACAGUCAGAAUUAAGAAGAGAGUUUUCAAGUAACGACUUAGAAUCAGAAAGCAAAGGAAAUGGUGACACUCCCAAGUUAUACAAAUUGUAUGGGAAUGCAAGCGGUGAAAAUGUAGGUGGUGAAAGUGUAGGUGGUGAAAGUGAUAAAAUAAAAAAAAUUAUUAACAGCAAUAUUUUUAAAGAACUAUCUAACGAAAAAAAAAAAAUGGAAUUGUUAGCUAGCUCAAAUUAUGAUGAUAAUAUAAACGAAGAUAUAUAUAUGAGAGAUAAAUCAACUGAAAAUAUUCCAAUAAAAAAAGAGAAAACAAACAAUUUAAAUAAUAUAAAUAUGGAUGAAAAAUAUAAUACAUAUGAGAAUAACAAAGAAGGGAAAUCUUUUAUCAUCGAAAAUAAACACACAAUAAAUAAAUUUAGUGAAAAUGGUUUAAAAAUUAAAGAAGACAUUGAAGAUAUUACUUUUUAUAAUAAUGAAAAUGAAAAUAUGUUUGAAAAUAUUAAAAGAAACUUUGAACAAUAUGGUGUAUGUAAUUUAGAAAUUGUUAAGAUGAAUAAUGAUAUAAAAAAAGAUUAUGAUAAUUAUAAAACUGGAAUUAAAAAUUAUGAAAAUAAAAAACGUUUAGAAAAACAUAAUAAUAUAGAAUAUAAAAAAUUAAAAAAAAUGUGUAAAAAAAAAAAAGAAAAAAUUAUUACAUGUAUAUAUAUUAAUAAAUUUAUAGAAAUUUUAAGGAACCUUAUUUUAGAAAAAUAUAAAUGUAUUGAUAAUGCAUUACAAUUAUUAUACAAAAUGGAAAGUAAUUUUUCAACAAUUUAUUUUAACAUGAAGUUAUAUAUAUAUAAAGAAUAUUAUGAACACAAUAAGCUUAAAUUUAUUGAUGACUAUAUAUUUAAUUCAAAAUUUUAUAAAAAAAAAAAAAAUAAAUAUAAAACAAUUCAGUUAAAUUAUCUUAUAAAAGAAGAUCAUUUUAUUCAAAACCAAAAUAACAUAAAUACACUUAUUUUAUUUUACAACAAUUUUGUUAAUAAUAUUUAUAAUUAUCAACAUUUUAACAAAACAUCAUAUCAUUAUAUAUUUGAUGGGUUUUCAAGUAACUACUCUACUGACUCCUCAAAUAUGAGUGAAAAUGAUGAUAAGACAAAUAAAGAAUUAAAAGAUAAUGAAUAUAAUUUUUAUAAUAAAUGUGAAAAGAGAAAAUAUUUUCAAACUAUAAAAAUGAAAGACAUAAAAAAUAAAUUUCUUUCUCUUAUUGAAAAUAUAUUUGAAAAUGUUAAUUUAUAUUUUUUAAAUUUUAAAAAUGUGAUAAAAUAUUUUUAUUUAUUUAAAUAUUAUAAUAGUGAAUUUUUUAAAAAUAAUAAUUGCUUGGAAUGUUUUCAAGAAAUAUUUUUUUUUUUUGUAAAAUUAGAAUUACUAUAUUGGGAUCCAAUUUUACAAUUUUCAUUAAAAAAAAAAAAAAAAAAUACUAAAUUCGAUAUGUAUGAUAGACAAAUCAAAAGAGACAUAUUGGCAACCGAUAAAAAUGGCUGUGAUAAAAAUGGUUGUAAUAAAAAUGGCUGUGAUAAAAAUGGCUGUGAUAAAAAUGGCUGUGAUAAAAAUGGCUGUGAUAAAAGUGGCUGUGAUAAAAAUGUUGAUGAAGAUAUAUUUCCCCAUUUUAAUUACAAUAAUCUAUUUAUAAAUAGUGAAAACGAUAAUGAUGAUAACCAAUUUGGGGACCCAUCCGAAUCUUUGAGCGAAAUUUCUGUUAGCUCAAGUUCCACAGAUGAAGAAAAUGUAAAUAAUGAUAUGGGAAAAAGAGAAAGCAAAAAUAGUAGCGAAGAAAAUAAUAGCAUUAACUUUGAAAAUAUAAAUAAAAUAGAACCAACAUUUAAAAAUUUUCAAAAAAAUCAUAAUUUUGAAAAAAAAAAAUACAAACUUAAUAAAAAAUAUUUCAAUACUAGCCCAUUUAUAAAAUCAUUUGAAUGGUAUAAAUUUAUGGAUGAGUUAAUGCUUAUUUAUGAUAUAUCAAAUGAAAAAGAAAUAUUAAAAAAUUUAUAUAAAAAUAUAUUUAACAAAAAAAUAUAUGAACUAAUAGAUACUGUAUGGAACCCAUUUUCACUGAAUCAAAGUAUUAAUUUAGUUGCCAUAAUAAAAGAAUAUAUAAUAUAUAAUGAAGACCAUGAUUUAUUAUUUUUAAAAAUUCGAGAAAGGAUUUGUAUCUACAUAAAAACUUAUUUAGAAUCACGUAAAAAUAUAAUGAAUCAAAAAAAAAGAAAUAUUUUCUUAAUUAGAUGUUUAAAACUUUUAAAAUGCAUAAAAAAUAUACUUGCUAUAUUAUCCGAUAAAGAAUUACACCAAAUUGUUCAGAAACUUUUCUAUGAUGUUAUUUUAGCUAACUGUGAUUAUUCUAACAAAUUUCAUAAUCUUAUUUUAUCAUCUUUAAUUCCGAUUAUUCAAUCUAUAAAUAUAUUAUAUAAUGAUAAUUUUAAUACUGAUAUGUCAAAAAUAAUGAAUAGGGUCGUUUCCAAUUUGGAAUCUGAUGACACUUGUUUUACGACACUUCAUAUUGAUCAUUGA